AUGCGCAGACGGCUGUCGGCCGCCGGCGCCGCGGUGGCCACGGCAACCGCGUCGGCGACGCCGUUGCCGGGGGAGGCCCUUGGAGAAGACCCCGAUGCCAAGAAGCUGGUGGAGGAGGAACAGAGCCGGAGCCACAAGCAGAUAGAGGAGAGCAGACAGAGGCUGGCCAAGCUGCUGAUCGAUGGCACCCAGCUGGUGACAAAUAUCCAAGUGGCGGCUGACUCCCGAGAGGCCCACAGGCGCUCGGAGGAAGAGGAGCUGACUCGGCAGCGGGUCGAGAAGCUGGAGAACGAAGCCAAGGGUAACCAGGACAAGUUUGAGGAGAUCACCUCCAAGUGGGCGGCGGCCAAGGAGAAAACGAUCCCCCAAGACCUCUGGGACAGGCUCAAUCAGCAGCAGCUGCUGUGCGCCCUGCUGAUCGAGGAGAAGAACAAGCUCAUCAGCGAGCUGCAGCAGGAGCUGAAGAGCAAAGAUGACCAGUAUGUGAAAGAUCUCAGGAGGCAAGCGGAGGACAUCAAUUUGCUGCUGGAACGGAUGGAAGAGCAGAUCCGAAACCUCUUGAAGAAUUGCCGCCGGGAGCUCCUGCAGAUUGAGAAAGCCUUUGAAUUAGAGCGCCGUGAACUCCUCACAAACAACAAGAAGAAAUGGGAGCAGGGUAUGCAGACUCUCAACCGGCAGGAGCUGGAUUUCAUGAUGGCCCGCCUGAAGAAGGUGGAGGAGUACGAGCGGGAGCUGAACCAGCUGCGGGUGCAAGACGCGGAGGAGUACAACGUGAUCAAGAUCAAGCUGGAGCAUGAUGUGCAGAUCCUGGAGCAGCAGCUCCAGCAAAUGAAAGCCAUCUACCAGCUGAACCAGGAGAAGCUGGAGUACAACUUCCAGGUGCUGAAGAAGCGGGACGAGGAGAACACGAUCAUCAAAUCCCAGCAGAAGCGGAAGCUCAACCGGCUGCAUGAUGUGCUCAACAACCUGCGCCAGAAAUUGGCCAGGCAGAUCAAGCAGUACCGCGAGGAGAACCUGGCCCUGUCUGCCGACUACAAGCGGAUUGUGGAGCAGUACAAGGACCUGCAGAGGACCAUGAGGCACUUUGCCAUCGUGGAUGCGGAGCACUUCCUGGCCGUGUGGCUCAUGAAUGAGGAGGAGGCCAAAGAGCUGAUCCGCAAAGCCUUGGACGCCGACCGUGUCAUCCACGCCCAGCAGCUGGGCUUGCCCUACGUUGAGCCGGACGGCUGGUUCCUGCACAACGUGGGGCCCAUCGUCCACCACCAGAGGAAGAAGUCGGCCCACGAGCUGGCCCAGGAGCUGAUCGCCCCAGAGACGACCAAAUCCCCCAAAGAAUUCGCCUCGCCGUCAGAGAGAGGCCCAGAAGAGAAGGUGUCUGCGGCUGAGGACAGCGGCCGGGAAGCGCCGUCUGCAGAGCCGGAGACCAAGGCGCUGUGGUCUGUCUCGGCCAAGACGGUCAAGCGCAUUUUGGAGCUCCUGUGCGAUGAAUCUGGCUUCCUGAUAGAGAGCAAGCUUCGGGGACUCCUCCAGCCCUUGGAGAGACCGGACCAGACCCUCAUGAAACUGGACUCCAUCUUCACCGCCCUGCUGAUCGACAGCGAAGACGACGUCCACCGAAUGGUGGAGUUCUUCCUGCGUUUCAAGGCUCAGCAGGUGGCCUCUGGGCAGAAAGGAGAAGCGGCACCGGGGGACGCUGCUCCCAGAGAGGCACCCUUAGAGGCAGAAGCGGCACCAGCCACCGAAGAAGAGGCCUGUGGGGUUCCACCAAAGGAGGGCCAAGGGCCCGUGGGCUCAGUGGCCUCCCCCUCCGCUGUCUACAUGCACCCGAAUGACAUUCUCAAGGCCCUGAAGGCUUUUGUGCAGGCCUUCUGGGAGCUGAGGGAUCAACGGCCCCCAGUGAAGAAAACACGCGAAGAACGGGACGACUCCAAGGACUCCGAGUAUUGGGACGCUCUGGCCCACGUCAUCUCGGGUGGAAAAAUGAAGCUCUGGGAUGCCCUGAUCGUGGGCUUGCAGAAAUACCACCACAUUCUGGACCAGAGGGCAAAGCUGAUCACGGAAACGGAUGCUCUGCAUCAGCAGAACGCCGAGCUCCGGAUGUUGCUGCGGCAGUAUCUCCAGUCUCCGGUCAAUGCGGAGCUGCUGAUCCCACCCACCCACUUACUGCACCUCCAGAUGAACCCCACUUGAUGCCUUCCUCCGAGAGAUUUAGCAGAGGUUGUGGUUUUCUGAGGGCUCCUCCUCUUUUGCCUCUUUUACACGGAGUCAGGCAGGUUUUGUGUGACUCUGCAGAGGCAGCCCUGGGGAAAGGCGGGCUUCACAGUCCACUCCACUCAACUGUGUUGGAGAGCUUUAUUAGGAUGAUGAGCUGGUGAGUUGCCGGUGGCUGGUAAAAAGGCACAGAGCAGUUCCCUUGCGUGGUCAAGUCAGCCUACCCGUAGGGACCUUUCCGGGAACUGGGGCAUCUUAAACCUGCCUUGGGAACACUGAUGCACGUCGAGACUGGGAUUCAGAGGACCUUGAAGAACCACCAUCGGAUGUGUUUCAGAGAAGCCGCAAAACACAGUUCUUUCCUCCAGAAAAGUUAACUCCAGUGGAAACCAGAAACCUUUCUCGUGCUGGACACCAAGCCUUUUGAGAAACCUUUUGAAAUGUCAUAAGAAAGCGAAGGCAAAUAAAUGGUUCCUUUUAAUGUUC